AUGGUAAAAACAGUUCUUGAAGUGACUUUAAUAGUCAUGAGCAAAACUCUGAAAAUGUCAAGUGACGUUGCUCAUGGAUUUAUAUUUACUUUUUUGAUUUUGCUGUAUAUGGCAUUUUUCUUCAAAUUUAAAGCUUAUAACUAUCAAAGAUUCAACUGGUGGCAUCAAUUGAGCCUUAUUGGAGUUGCUUGGGUAUCUUGCUUGUCAACUAUAAACUUCCUUGUUAGCGGAUCAAGUUUUCCAUGGGUUUCUUUAAUUAUAGCUGGAUGGGCAAUAAUCGUUUCUAUAGGUCUCGCUAUUCAAAGGAAAAAAUAUCCAAGCUUAUUAUAUAGAAAAAAAGGAAAAGACACCUCUACAUUAUUCAAAUUUGCAUUUACUUUUGGAAAGAAAUCUCAGGCAAUUGGUUCAAAAAUCGAACCUCAAAAGCUUGAUCUUUUUAAAUAA